GCACCGGCCGUGGGCACACAGAUGUGCACUAUUGCUUCUACUGGUUCCCCUGGGGCUCCGUUGACCACGACGAGGCCAUAUUGGUCUUCACUGGUUUUUAUUGGGCUGCACGCACAAGAGUCAUCCCCACUCCUCCGUUAUCUCACGUCACAGAGCCCCACUGGGUGACCUGGUGUUGGUUUCCUGCCAUUUGGAUCUGGGAGGCGUCCGUCUCCUUCCCUUAUGAUGAAGGCACAGAAGCCAUGCGGGCCGUCGCUGAGGUCACAGUGGUUCCCGGUCUGGGAGCGUUUGUGGCACAGCUGGGAGCAGAGCUGGGGCUGUGGCAAGCGUGCUGCACGCAGACUGAGCUGUGAGCCCUUCUUGAGAGAGAUCAGCUGUGAGAGCCCACUGGAAGCAGCGCUGCGGCGUGUGCGUGAGCUGGGCAUGGCUCAGGGGCUCCUGUCCAAACGGAGUUUCAGAGAUCGAGGCAGUGUCAGGAAGAGUGGAGCCAGGUCUUUCCAGGAGCGAGGGAAGUUCCUGCAAAGAGAGAAAGCUCUCUCUUCAGCUUCCUCUGAGACAGCAGUCAUGUCUCAGCGAGGAGACAUGGAGUGUGUGACAAGAAAGAAGCAGCGCGGCGCGGUUCCCCGCGAUAGGGAGCAGCAGCCAGCAGGCUGCCAGAGAUCCGGCAGCGCCUGGCAGCGCACAGAGGGACGCGAUGGGGACGGGCCGUCCUCACUGCCACGCAAAAGGACGGAGCCUGCGCGUCCAUGGAAUGGUGCUGGGCUUGGGGGGAAACGGAAAGACUCCGCAGAAGCUGAUGCCAGCGGCCUUCCUCUGAAGCGCAGCAAUGCUGAAAGGCAGGGGAGGAGCAGCGAGUGUGACAGGGCACCCAAGAGAGAGAUCGGUGCUGAGCCCAAUGGCGAUAUCUAUGUGAAAGUGGUGCAGCAGGUGCAUUCGGAGAGAGCUUGUCAACAGGCAGCAGCUCAAGCUCCUCUCCAGGCUGGAGGGCUUCCUAGAAGAGCAGGUCCCAGCACAGGGGGAAGAGCUUCCCCUGCCGCGUGCCCCCGCUCCGUCUCCAAGGCCCAGGCUGGAUGCAAACGCAAGGCCUCGGAGGAAGGGACACCAGCAGCAGUGCAGCUGCCUGCCAACAAGAGAGCGAGGGCUGAGAGCGGAGACAGCAUGCCGGCUCCAGCAGCACGGCCUGGGCCUGCCGCAGCGCGGAGCUCCAGGCGCAGAGCAAGAAGACAGCGACGAAAGGAGAGGAGAGCAGAACUGAAGAAGGCUUCUCUGAGAGCAGCUGCUGCAUGUGCAGAGUCCUCCGCAAUGAACAGCCUUGUGGAGAUGAUGCAGAAGCUGCAGCUGCACGACUGAGAGGAGGAGCGACAGAAGGCAGCGCUGC